AUGGACUCAGUUCUGGGCUUAUUAACUGCUUCCUCUUAUAUUAACUGUCUGAAAUAUAUGAAAAAGUGUUAUAGGUUGUUUUGGUCACAGCUUGGCAUUGGAUCUCUUGCGUGGGUGAGGGAUCCUGAUGUAGCUUGGGUAGAUUGCGAAGUUGUGGAGGCUAAUGGUGAAGAAAUUAAGGUUCUUUGCUUCCAGACUUACACAGGAACUAUAAUACUUGCUAUGAAGCCUUACAUAAAAUUGCCUCAUUUAUAUGAUAGUCAUAUGAUGACACAGUACAAAGGGGCAGCCUUCGGUGAACUGAGCCCCCUUCCUUUUGCUGUUGCAGAUGCAGCAUAUAGUCAGUCAAUUUUGGUUAGUGGUGAGAGUGGAGUAGUUACAACAGAAAGCACAAAAUUGCUUAUGUGGUAUGUUGCUUACAUUGUCAAGCAGCAAGAGCCGGAGUCAAAUCCUGUUCUAGAAGCAUCUGGUAAGGUGAAGACAGUCAGAAACAACAACUCCAGGUGGCCAUGGGGAAUUAUUAAUGCUGUUAUUCCUGGUAAGAAUGCCAAAUUGUGA